AUGUUCCUUUGCAGCUGGCACCCACUGGUGCUGGAUGAAGAUCGCCGAUGCUUCUCCCUCCACUGGCCGCAGGCCAUCUCCGCAGAGAAGUCGCAGGACUUCUUCCUCAAGCUGCUAGCUGUUGCGCCUUGGGUGGAGCUCCUCAACACGAAGGGGACAAGCGUGACGCGAAGUACCUGCUGGUUCUCCUCUGGCGGAUGUACCUGUGACUAUGCCUACGGUCGGGAGACGCGGGUGACCAAUGCUGAUGUGAUGAACGCUGCAGACGGUCGUGCCCAAGCGGAGGAUAUGACCGGCUCAGACCAGUUCAUCCAUGGAUCCGUGGAGGCGGAGCCCCUCUCGGACGAGUCGCUGAGCGGCUUCAAGGCUGCAAUGGAGGAGAUCAUGCAGCACGUGUUCGGCGACCUUUUCCCCGGAUUGGAGAAGGAGGCUUGGCCCAACAGCGCCAACAUCAAUCUGUACCGUGAUGGUCGCCAGGGUGUGGGUUGGCAUGCAGACGAUGAAUCGCUCUUCUGCGGCAAGGACUCCGACUGCCCAGUGGUCAGCAUCUCUCUCGGAGCGACCCGCGAGACCGGUAUUAAGAGCUUGGCGGCUCCAUGGGGCAGCUGGAGGAGUUUAAUUGCCCGAAAGCAGCGCCAAGAGCCAGGCCGCUGGUGGUGCCUGGCUGCAGGGGCUGCACUCACAGCAUGCAAUGCUCGCCGGCAGCAUCGCAAAAAGACGAGGACUUCAGAAGCCUUGUACGUGAGUUUGGAGGAUGCCGUAAUUGAGGAGCCUCUGGAAGAGCCGCAUGUCUCACAACUGGCCUCUGUGUUUCAGAGCUUAGUUGGAAAUGGCAUGGGCGUGAUCCCCACUGAUACUCAGCAUGCUUAUGUUACGCCUGUGAGCAGCAAGAGUGGCGUGCGGCGGAUCUACGACAUCAAGGGUGUGGCAGCAGACCAGAGGAAACCACUCAGCCUGCUGUGCUCAGACUUGUCGAUGGCUUCGAAAUACUGCGAUGUGGCGGCGCUUCCUCGCAAAUGGUUUCAGAAUAUGAAAGCGUGCCUUCCAGGACCCUACACCUUCAUACUCCGGGCAUCUGGCGAAGUGCCGCGGAUUGUCAUGGACCACAAGAGCCGAAGCAAGGUCUGGAAACGCCGCGAGGUUGGCAUCCGAGUGCCAAACAACUCCAUCGUGUGGCAGCUCGUCGAGGACUUGGAGGCUCCUUUGUUGGCCUCCUCAGCCCCAGAUUCUGCGGUGGAGAUCUGGACCGAGCAGAAGGACAAGCUGGACUUCGUGGUGGGUGCUGAGGCAAUAGUCGAGAUGUGGGCCGGUAUGGAGAAGGAAGACCGCGUCUCCACGGUCGUCGACCUGACGAUGGAGGAGCCGGUCUUGCGUCGUCAGGGCCUUGGCGAUGUCAGCAUGUUCGACGAUAUGGUGGACGCAGCCAUGUUUGAAUAG